UGCAGACAGUCCAGCAUACUUAGUUACAGGUUUAGUGGUUGAUCCAUGCUUCAGUAGAAGUCCUUAUGUGGCUGGAGAACAUGGAUUCUCUUAACACACAGUCCCUGUGUUAAAGCCUUUGCAGUUCAAGUACUUGGGUGACUUCCACUUGUCUGAUUGGUACUUAGCCAUGAGCUGGGAAAAGGGAAUUGUACUGGAGGCUUUGAGCCCUUGGGGAAAUCUGAUGUCUGGUCAGCUCAGGCAUUAAAAGCAGGACAGACACCCAGUAGGACUACAGCAUUUACAUUGGAAAAUGUCCAGAGUUGCUGGAGAUAGGCCAUAACUUGUGAUGUUCUACAAUCAACAAAAGACCCCAAACCAAAAAAAACAAGCUGCAAAAAACUUUUCAUUCUUCCUCUUUUGUAGCAAGAGCUGUAAAGAGAUAAAAGAUUAUUUAACAGUUUAAAUAAUGUGAAGAAAUCUGACAAUCAAACAUUUUACUGCUUUGGAAGAGAAGAGGUACCUGGUGUUAAAUUCUGGGAAAAGGGAUUCAGAUUGCUGCAGCAUAUAAUUUGUGGGGUUAUUCCUGUACUUUCAAUAUCUAUCUCUCUACAUGUUUAAAAAUGCUCUGUUAAGGGCUGUGCUGCCAGCAGUGGUUAACUCAGGUGCCACCUGUGAGAGCACUUUGCAGAACAGUGGUCUCAGACCCUCUCUGCCCCUGUUCUGAGAGUGCUGUUCCUCUGUUACCCUGAGGGCAUACCCAGGGCGGGCCCAGUGUUGCUGGCAGUGGCACUCUUAUUUCCAGAUUCUGGAGCUGCACUGGAUCUGAACUCCCACAGAGACUCCAAACCCAGGGCGUCUUUAGAUGCUGCCACAGACUGCUUCAGUCUGACUCUGGAGGGAGGAAGGGGGGUGUGUGAAAGACCACCGGUUUUGUGAAGUAUAAGAAACAGAGCUGCAACUGGGUGCUGCUCAAUUCCAGCACACACACUGCUGUGGGUCCCUCUGCAGUGAGGGUGUGUGUGUCUGACCAUGAGUGGGCAAAGAGCUCCUACCAAGGGCUGUUUACUGAAAUGGGUGGCUGACGAUGUGUGUGAGCAGUAUUUGACAGCAGCAGGCACUGCCUGAAAUUUGUCAGGUGUGUGUGUGCAUGUGCUCUUGCUCAAAAAGCUGCAGUGUCUUCUGAGAGAUAAAAGCCAUUAUACUCCCCUGGAGCCCUGCCCUGUGGCUUUCUUCUGCUUGAAGGGUGGUGGUCCCUCUUCCCUGAUACUGUUUGCAGCCUUUAGGAAUAUGAUGGUGGUCUCUUCUACUGUGCCUUCGUGGCAGAACUUGCGGAAGUGAGUCAGUGCCUGCCUGAUACUGUACAGCUGGGGGUUGGUGGUUCCUCUUCUAAAUCAAGGCUUCCUGUUCCACUGAUGGAGGUGAUGGAGAGAAGAUGAUCCUGCAGUACAACAGGAUACAGAUUUGGCAAAGGCGUCUUCUAAAGCCCUGUGCUGGAGCUCAGGGUGCCUUUGUGCCAUAAGCCGUGCUUUCCCAAAGCUCACUGCAGCUUGCUGCAGGAAUUGGCCAAAAUGCCCUUGGCCAAAUUUGGCAACAGAGUGGGGAGUUUGUGCCUCUGUGACGACACUAGGAGCUUUCUCCCUUUCUUUGCAACUACUGUGCUGGAGACGGAAAGGCAAAAUAAGCCUGGACCAAACACUUGCGGUGAAGGAAGAACGGCGUCUCAGCUCCCGCUGCGCCCAGACACUGCCUGUAAGAACCGGCCUCUAGACCUCGUCUUCAUCGUAGACAGCUCCCGCAGCGUCCGACCUGAAGAGUUUGAGAAAGUGAAAACCUUCCUGUCAGAAAUGAUCGAUACCCUGGAUGUUGGUGAAAGAACGACGCGUGUGGCGGUCAUGAACUAUGCCAGCACUGUCAAGGUGGAGUUUCCCCUCCGGACCUACUUUGACAAAGCCUCUAUGAAGGAAGCUGUGUCUCGCAUUGAGCCCUUGUCUGCUGGCACGAUGACCGGCCUUGCCAUCCAAACUGCCAUGGAAGAAGUCUUCACCGAGGAAAUGGGUGCCCGGCCAGCAACCUUCAACAUCCCCAAGGUGGUCAUUGUUGUGACGGAUGGACGGCCACAAGACCGGGUUCAAGAUGUGGCGGCAAGCGCCCGGACAGCUGGCAUCGAGAUCUACGCGGUCGGGGUGGACCGGGCAGACAUGCAGUCCCUGAGGAUAAUGGCCAGUGAGCCUCUGGAUGAACACGUCUUCUAUGUGGAGACCUACGGCGUGAUAGAAAAGCUGACAUCCAGAUUCAGGGAGACUUUCUGUGCUGUGAACGUGUGUGCCCUGGGGACCCACGGCUGCCAGCAGCUCUGUGUGAGUAACGGGGCAUCCCACCUCUGCGACUGCUAUGAAGGAUACACCCUGAAUCCAGAUAAGAGAACCUGCUCAGCUGUGGACAUGUGUGCACCUGGGAGGCACGAGUGUGGCCAGAUCUGUGUGAGUAACAACGGAUCCUAUGUCUGUGACUGCUAUGAAGGCUACACCUUGAAUCCAGACAAGAAGACUUGCUCAGCCCAGGACAUGUGUGCACCUGGGAGGCAUGACUGUGCCCAAGUCUGUCUGAGUAAUGAUGGAUCCUACAGCUGUGGCUGCUAUGAAGGAUACACUCUGAAUCCAGACAAGAAGACUUGCUCAGCUGCCGACGUGUGUGCGCCUGGCAGGCACGACUGCCAGCAGGUCUGCGUGAGGGGCGACCAGUUCUACUCCUGUGACUGCCACCGAGGCUACACCCUCAACCCAGACAGGAGGACGUGCUCAAGAGCCAUAACGAGCAGUCUUGUAACAACUGAAGAGUCCUGUAAGUGUGAAGCCAUAAUUGCCCUCCAGGACUCAGUGACCUCACACCUUGAAGCUCUGUCCAAAAAAUUAGAGGAAGUGUCUGAGAAACUGCAGGCAUAUCAAGAGAGACAGCAGAUUGUCUGAGCUAUCAUUUUGCUGUAUUUUAAAAUAAUUUUUCAGAAUCAAACCUUGUAAUUGUUUUCAGGAAGCUUUAUUUCAUUGCACAGCUUACAAAACAGCAGUGGUUUAUUAUUAUCAACAAAUGUCAAGAAGACUUCAGGGAGACAAGAGCCUUGAAAAUACAGUGACCCUAAAGAUCUUCAUGUACAAUCACUUUAUAGCGAUGAAGCUACUCAUACCUGCUGUGCUUCAGUUUCUACUGCAGAUAUUGCUUUUCUGUAGUAACUGCAUUUUUUAUUCUCUUACUUCAAAGCAAAUACAGAAAAAAAAUGAAUGGAUACAGUAUAUCACAUUAUAUAAAACUUUCAAAUGGCAAGGCAGAAUGCCAGAGUGCCUAUGUCUUCUUUCAAUUAAAUGGGAAAGUUGGAUCUUGUAACUUAUUUUAAUAAAAUACAAUAUGAUAUGCACAUUGAUGUUGGAAGUUAUUUUGUAUUCAACCUAAAGGACACGUGUUAUGAAAUAAAGGGUUUAAAAAACCCAGGGAAACAGAACUUCAAGGAUAAAAGAGGCAUAAAUGGAAGAAAUAAACAGAAUACUCCCCCAAGUCACAUGUUUGGAAAAAGAAGUAUUUGAUUUUAAAACCUAGAUGUCACUGUAAAUAUAGAUAAAAGAUGGAACAGUAAUUUCAAGUAUUAAUAACGUUAAAAAUGUAGAAGAAUGAAAGACAUCCUCCAAUUUAAUAUUUUUAUCCUGCAAGAUUUACUUGUGUUCUCGGUCGUUCCUAUUGUCAUUACGGACUUUACUGACACUUUACUGGUGUCAAUCUGGCUUUUAGGAUAAAACACACAAGCUAACAAUUAA